AUAGCCAGCAAGCAGAGGGUAUUUCGAUCGAGGAUUUGAAUGAGAAUGGGUUCUUCUGGAUUGGUAAUUAAUGCAAAUAAGUUGGACCCCAUCGCUCAUGAGAAGAAGAAGAAGAAGAUGGAACUUGGAGCCACACGACGACAGCGUCCUGAUUCUUUAGAAGAGCUGCAUGUUAUUACACUAGACUCCAUUGAAGUAGAUGACACCAGAAGCUAUGUCAGGGUAACAUUCACCCCAACCAAUACGGGUUGCGGCCUGACUCAAGUCAUAGGCGUAUGCUUGCGCGUGAAGCUCACGCAGUCCCUGCCUUCCCGCUAUAAAAUUGAUAUUAGGGUUGCACCAGGAUCACAUCAAUCCGAAGCUGCAGUAAAUAAGCAACUGAAUGACAAAGAGAGAGUUGCGGCCGCCUUGGAAUCUCCCCCAUUUGCCUCCAUGAUCCGCCAUUGCCUUUCUCCCCAUUACCAGUCUUGAUCUAACUACCUAGUAACACAACAACAUAGUAUAUGAUGGAUUGUUUCUUUGUCAACCUCUCCCAUGGAAAUUCCUUAAACUUGUGUUGCUUGCUGAUGAGUGGGGACUAGCAGAUUGAUUGUUUUUUUUUCUUUUCUUUUCCUACACAUUUAAUGUAGUAAUAAAGAGUCACUUGAUUA